AUGGCUAAUGCUAACUGGCCUCUACUUCAGCUCAUACUUCACCUUUAUUUGUUCCCCCUACCUAUUCAAACCGCGUACAUCUCCGAAUCAUGGGCUAUGCUAACCUCGGAUCGACCCUCUGCACCGAAAUGUGUUGAAAUUCCGCGCAAUCUAACUCUUUGCUAUGGUAUUCAAUACUCAACAAUGCGUUUACCAAAUCUAUUGGAACAUGAAACCGUUGACGAAGUUAUCGAACAGGCAGCUCCAUGGAUACCCUUGCAUAGACUCAAUUGCCAUCCUGAUACUCAACGUACACGAACCAACAUCACAUUCCGUAAUUUUCAGUUGUUCCUUUGUUCACUGUUCGCCCCGGUGUGUCUGGCGACAUUGGAUCGUGCCAUAUUGCCAUGUCGAUCGCUAUGUACGGCCGUACAACAGGGCUGCGAAGGUCGAAUGCGACAAUACGGCUUCCCCUGGCCGGAAAUGCUCUCCUGCAAGAAAUACCCAACUGACAAUGAUAUGUGCAUAGGCGCUGUCUCUGCAAAAUCUUCUGACCUCAAUCAUACAUGCCAAUCGUGCAGUCAGAUCGGAACUUACGAGAAUAUACUCGAUCACUACUGCAGAUCACAAAUAGUGCUGAAAGCGCGCAUCGGAACCGUGAAUGAGUCGCAUGUUAAGGUUCGAAAAGCAAGAUCAUUGAAGAGGGCCGAUCGAAAAAGAUCAGUGGUCAGAGAUACGGUGAUUCAUUUUUCGGACGAAAACGGCUGUCCAUGCCCGGUGACCGGCAGAAAGGAUGUUCGCUUCCUUAUAAUGGCCGAUCAGAACGACAAAGGCGAUUUUGUUGCGAAUCUAAUCAUGCCGUGGAAGAACAAGGACAAGCCCUUCAAGAAAGCGGUUCGAAGUUUUCGCAAGUUGAACUGUCAGUCGUUGGGUCGUGAAAUUCGUGAAAGUGCUUAUCGUAUGAGCGCACGUCGAAACGCGCAUUAG